AUGUUGCACCAAAUUCGGAAAAUGAUUUGUAUGGCAUCUUUGGUUGUUAGGACCGGCUGUCCAAUUACUCGUAUUAGCGAUUGUUUUGGCCCUGCCAAAAUAAAUAUACCAAAGGCGCCAGCAUUGGGAUUGUUAUUGGAAUGCCCCGUUUACGAAACGUACAAUGAAAAGUUGGCUGAUAUGGGUUACAAUAAAAUCGACUUCUCUAGGUAUGAGAAGGAAAUGAAUGAGUUUAAGAUGAAGAACAUUUACGACAAGAUCUACUCUGAGGAAACGAAAGAGAACGUGUUUCAUGGAUUCUUUGAAUUUCUUGAUACUUUUAAAGGAUCAGGCGCUGCUACCAAAGAAGGGAAGCAUAUUUUUGACUUUUUAGGUGCGGCCUUCAAUAAUGGAUUGGAGAACAAGGAAACAACGACAACAGAUGUUCCUGCUACAGGAGGUGAGAAUGUUGAUUGA